CUGUUUUUCGAACUUUUUUUUUUCUGUUUUUCCGAGAUAAAAUCCUGUUUUUCGAACUUUUUUUUUUUCUGUUUUUCCGAGAUAAAAUCCUGUUUUUCGAACUUUUUUUUUUUCUGUUUUUCCGAGAUAAAAUCCUGUUUUUCGGAGUUAAAUUUUCUCCGGAAAAGGCGUUCCCUUAAUUCUUCCUGAAGCUCUCACACGCAUGGAUUAUGGUUGCUGCUGCAUCAGACCGACAGGGCUAAAUGAUUUCGAGUUCAACGGUGUCAAUACAGAACCAGCAAUGGCUACAUCCUCAAAUACACCCCAACCACAAGAUGAAGGUCUGAGGAAAUUUCUUCAGAGUCGGGGUAUUCCUGAGGAGAAUAUUCAGAAAAUGCUGCAGGAUCGUAUUGAUACCUCAGUAGUUGAAGAAAUUGAUGAUGACGCUUUGGCUGCCUACAUUCCAGCAUAUGGUGAUAGAAUUGCUACAAGGCGGUUCUGUAUGGAAAAAAAGACAACAGGUGGAGUUGAUUCAAAAAGACUGUCCAUGUUUGAAAAACUAAAAAGAAAAAUGUACACAAAAAGCAACAAAGACAGGCAUCAAGAUUCUGAGGAAGAGCAUUCUAACAUGCAUCUAAGAAAUAACAGAAGGGCCUCAAAGAUGACAAGAAAAAUAGAGAUAGGCUGGAUAAAUGAUAAGAGACAGGUGAGAAAACGCAAUGGUGGAGGAACCAGACUUCUUGAUAUUUCCAAGACAGCCACAAAGAAAGACAUUCUGUCACAUGCUAAGGGGCUAUUUUUCCCAAAUGAGAAAUCGAUACAUGGAAUGUGGGAAGAGUUUAGUCACGAUAUUGUCGACUUUCAGGAAGCAAACCUUGAAGACAGUAUUAGUGUGAGAGAACUCUAUGAGGCACAGAAAUUUGGGGUGUUAAGAUUUUACCUUUUCACAGAGCAUCUGACCAAUAGAGAAGACAUCACAGAAAUGGGAGAGGGAGCUGAUAAACAGACCGACGCAGACAAACAACAAAAAAAGACAGCAGAGAAUGUUGAGCAGCUGACACAGAAAACACCAGACAGUAAACAGCAAUCACACACUGUGGAAGAAGAUGGGCAAAGUACCAACAAAAUGUCAGCGUUAGUCUCUACUGCAUCUGAGAUUAUCGAUCUUACAUCUUUGUACAAUACAUCGGAAGUCAUUUUUGGCACUAUGCAAGGUGACGCAUUUUUAGGUGUUUUCGAUGAUACAGUCCCAUUUGAGCCUAUCCUCCCAAUAGAAGACGCACAAAUAAACACUGACACAUUCACCUCAACUCCUAUUCAUUCUGAAACAGUUCCUGCUGCCUCACGAAGUCCUUCUUUUGAACUUUUGCAUGUGACUGUGAAACUUCACAGAGUAAAUCUCUUAGAAGAACUGAUUACUCAAUUCAAGGAUGAAGACAUGAUUAGCUACUCUGUGAAAUACAGCUUCAUUGAUGAAGUUGGUGCAGAUGUGGAUGGUGUGUCCAGGGACGUAUAUGCUGCAUUCUGGACAGAAUUUUUAGACUGUGCAGCAGAGGGUGCAGAUAUGAGGGUUCCAUCGCUGUCCCCAAAAUGGCAAGAAGAAGAAUGGAGAUCUCUUGGUAGAAUAAUGGUCAAGGGAUUGGAGGACCAUGGAUAUUUCCCUUUUCGGCUCGCUCAAGCCUUUACAGCAGCAGUCACAUUUGGUGAACAUUCGGUCUCACCUGAUUUACUGUUUGACUCCCUGAUGUUGUAUCUUAGUCAGUCUGAGCGUGAUCUCUUGUCCACUGCUUUGCAAGAGGCUCUAGUUGGUGAUGAUGAAGAUGAGUUCCUUGAUCUUAUGGAUCGCAUGGGAGUAAGAACAGUACCAACACAAGAAAACUUGAAGGCUGUGCUUCUUCAAGUGGCCCACAAGCAAAUAAUCCAGCAACCGAAAUAUGCACUAGAUAACAUUGCAGCAGUCGCAGGGCCAACUCUCAGGAAGUUUUUCCCCAGUGUGCUUGAAAUCCAUAAGAUGUAUGAUGAUCUUAGACCAACAACGCGAAAGGUGUUAAAGCUGAUCACAGCCUCUCCAAAUACAGCAUCAGAGAACCAAAGUUUGCGGUUUUUACAUCAGUACAUUAGGGGAUUGGAUGAAAUAGGCCUCCGGAAAAUAUUAAGAUUUAUGACUGGGUCUGAUGUCAUCUGCGUUAAGAAAAUUGAAGUCAUAUUCACCUCGUUGGAAGGGCUGGCACGGCGGCCAAUUGCACAUACUUGUGGCCCAACUUUAGAGCUGCCGUCAACUUACAACAGCUAUCCUGAGCUUCGCUCUGAAAUAGAGUCUAUACUGUCCAGUAACUCCUUCACAAUGGACAUUGCAUAGGAGUGCCUCUAUCACUCACUCACAUGUACACACUUUUCCCUUUCUUGUUAAAUUUUUGUACGGUUGUAGCCUUAUUGGAGCCGACAGUCAAGAUCCAAACAGUGUGAUUGUGAGACAGAGUUAAUGUGGGGAAGAUGUGGUAAUUAGUUCAGGAGCUGUAUUAUGAGCUCGGGGGGGGGGGCUUUUUCUAUUUUAUCGAAACAGUCAUCACCUCACUUAAACUGUUUGUAACAAAUGGUUUAUGAACAGUAUGUUCAUGCACUUGAAGGACUAUUACACCAAAAAACAAAUGUGCACAUAGUUUGCAAAAUAGUUUACUGCUUUGCGUACUUUUUUCAGCUAAAUAUACAGCUCAGUACAGUUUUGUAGACAAUGUGAAAGUGUUUAAGUGAUACAAAAGACAUCAUCCUCUAAACCUUUCUGAUGUUGUUAACAGGAAGUAUUUUGUGCAUUCUGUUGUGUUAAGGUGUCCAAGGUUUUACACUGAAGUAGAGUUGAAAUAUUUUGGAUGUGUUGUUUUUGAAAAAUGUUGAUGUUUAUAAUGCCUGAACAGGCUGGGCUUUUCCAUGUCACUAAUUUCGAAUUUCUUGAAUUAUUUUGAAAAGCUUUUCAUUUAUUUUAUAGUGUUAUUAAUGACACUCUACAGAGCAUCUGUUGAACCCUGUGAUUCUAUAAAGAAGCUAGACCUAUAAACAAAUUGAGCCUUUUACAAAAGUCAUGUUUUGCACACAUUUUGUUAUUUAAAUGACUAAGAAACAUCUAUUUCAAAUUUACUUUGAUUUACGUUGUCUGUUAUCAGUUGGAGAAGAAUCUUUUUGGAAAUGGUUCUCACACAGUUGCAAUUUUUUCUGAGAAAUUAUAAUUGAAUUGGAGCUUCUUGCUCAUGUUAGCUUUUAUUACUGGCUGUGUUUGUUUGUUAAUCUCUUGAAAUAUACAUUAAGGAGUACCUCAAAAGUGUCCUACUGUUUAUAAAUAAAAAGCAUUGGUUUCUCUCUU